AUGACCCUGGAGCAUCUGCCAUCGGCCGCCCCUUCCCUGGCGCGGCUAAUUCAGGAACUGAACAAGCUGCCCGGCAUUGGCCCCAAGAGCGCCCAGCGGCUGGCAUACUUCAUCAUCCGUUUGCCUGACGAAGAAGCCUACGAUCUGGCCAACGCCAUCAACGCUGUGAAACAGAGUAUCAUGUUCUGCGGCCAGUGCCAGAACCUCACCGACGCCAGCCCUUGUUCCGUUUGCGCCAACAACCAGCGCAACCGGGAACAGAUAUGCGUUGUGGAGGAACCCUUGGACGUGCUGGCCCUGGAGCGCACUCACUGCUACCGGGGCCUCUACCAUGUGCUGCACGGGGUCUUGUCCCCGCUGAACGGCGUGGGACCGGACCAGAUCAAGCUCAGGGAACUUUUCGCCCGCCUGUCCGAUGGGGAAGUACGAGAAUUGGUGAUUGCCACCAACCCAACGCUGGAGGGCGAGGCAACGGCCAUGUACAUUUCCCGCCACCUGGCGGGCAGCGACGUUAGGGUGACCCAUCUGGCCCGCGGGCUUCCGGUGGGUGGCUCCCUGGAGUACACCGACGAAGUUACUCUCAGUCGCGCAUUCCAGGGCCGCCAGCAGGUUGACUAG